AUGAUCCGCGAGGUGUGGCGCAUCGAACUGGGCGUGGGUGUGGGGCCCUUCCGUCUCGGCGCAAGCAUCGCCGAGGUACUGCAUGCUCUCAAGAGCCGCCUGCCUGUUCGCCCCUUUGAGGUCGCAUAUGACGCCACCGAGCCCUACAAGCGCGACGUGGUCGUAGAUUCAGCUGAGGACGGACUCAAGUUGCACUUCGAUCCGGUGCGGCAGAUACUUAAGGUCAUCGAAUUCUACGACGUGAACCGCGUAGCUCUGAAAUUUGGACGCGUUGUGAUCUUCGGCGGAGACAUCUCCGCCACCUUCAUGUCCGUCUAUAACCUAUUCGGUCCUACAUUCCCUGGUCACUACGACGCUUCUGAACAGACCUACGUGUUAGGCUACGAAGGCGGAUGUGUCAAAUUCCCGAUUCCUGCUGAGUACCGCAAUUUGUACCAAAACGGCACAGACUUACCGAUGGAGUUUCCGAACGGCGCCACUCCAGCAGCUACGGGGUUCACCGUUUUUGUGGGUGGAGACUACCGAUCUCUUGGUCUUCCUACGCCUACCAAAAAGCACUAUUUUGAAGAAGUUGAAGUUAAUAUUGGUGAAGAGCAAACAUCGCUGGUUUUUACUGGCAGAAAGCAAUGCAUCCAGCUUGGGUGGUCGCCUCAGGAAGUGAUUAGCGAGCUGGGUGCCCCAGUGUCUGUCUUUCGUAAAUCCGAAGAUCCUAAUGACGGUGCUACAGUUGCUGGUGGACUUGUCGGUGACUAUUUCCACAACUACCCGCACCUGGGACUUGACAUCUUGUAUGAUUCGAUGCAUCGCGCGUCAAAAGUGAUUCUAAAGACCAAUGCGCUUGGUCAUCCGGACUUCGGCGCCUACAACAAAUGCAACUUCCGCCUCAGUUUCCAAUCCUCAAGUGCACUGCAGAAGUCGGGGAUUUCAAAGAGAACCAGCCAGGAAAUCACUCCUCAAACACCGGUACAUUCACUUGCUAUGUAA